AUGCAAAGGCCUUCGUAUAGCCUUCUUAACUAUAGUAUUGUCUUUACCGUUGCUGUUGCUGUUGCUGUUGCUGUUGCCGUUGCUGUUACCGUUGCUGUUACCGUUACUGUUGCCGUUGCUGUUGCUGUUGCUGUUGCUGUUGCUGUUGCCGUUGCUGUUGCUGUUGCUGUUGCUGUUGCUGUUGCUGUUGCUGCUGCUGUUGCUGUUGCCGUUGCUGUUGCUGUUGCCGUUGCUGUUGCUAUUGCCGUUGCUAUUGCUGUUGCCGUUACCGUUGCUGUUGCUGUUGCUGUUGCUGUUGCCGUUGCUGUUGCUGUUACCGUUGCUGUUGCUGUUGCCGUUGCUGUUGCUGUUGCCGUUGCCGUUGCUGUUGCCGUUACCGUUGCUGUUGCUGUUGCUGUUGCUGUUGCUGUUGCUGUUGCUGCUGCUGUUGCUGUUGCCGUUGCUGUUGCUGUUGCCGUUGCUGUUGCUAUUGCCGUUGCUAUUGCUGUUGCCGUUGCCGUUGCUGUUGCCGUUACCGUUGCUGUUGCUGUUGCUGUUGCUGUUGCUGACAUUGCUGGUACAAUUGCAGGUGCCGGUACUGUUACUGUUGCUGUUGCUGUUGCUGUUGCCGUUGCUGUUGCUGUUGCCGUUGCUAUUAUUGUUGCUGUUGCUAUUGCUGUUGCUGUUGCUAUUGCUGUUGCCGUUGCCGUUGCUGUUGCUGUUGCUGUUGCUGUUGCUGUUGCUGUUGCUGUUGCUGUUGCUGUUGCUGUUGCUGUUGCUGUUGCUGUUGCUGUUGCUGUUGCUGUUGCUGUUGCUGUUGCUGUUGCUGUUGCUGUUGCUGUUGCUGUUGCUGUUGCUGUUGCUGUUGCUGUUGCUGUUGCUGUUGCUGUUGCUGUUGCUGUUGCUGUUGCUGUUGCUGUUGCUGUUGCUGUUGCUGUUGCUGUUGCUGUUGCUGUUGCUGUUGCUGUUGCUGUUGCUGUUGCUGUUGCUGUUGCUGUUGCUGUUGCUGUUGCUGUUGCUGUUGCUGUUGCUGUUGCUGUUGCUGUUGCUGUUGCUGUUGCUGUUGCUGUUGCUGUUGCUGUUGCUGUUGCUGUUGCUGUUGCUGUUGCUGUUGCUGUUGCUGUUGCUGUUGCUGUUGCUGUUGCUGUUGCUGUUGCCGUUACUGUUGCUGUUGCUGUUGCUGUUGCCGUUACUGUUGCUGUUGUUGUUACUGUUGCUGUUGCUGAUCCCGAUUGCUAUUGCUGUUGCUAA